CCCCCACUCUCUCUCUGUCUCUCUCUCUCUCUGUAGUUCGAUUGAUAGAAUUCGGUUCAGAGCAGAGCACACGCGGGCUGCUCUCAAAACUCGUGCAUUUGAUUCCACUGCUGACCUCCGAUUUCUCUCAGAUCCGUCGCGUUUCGCCACAAUCCGACCACAAAUUCCGAUUCCUCGCCGCCGGAAACCUGUGGUUCGGUCUCAGUUCCUUCUCCGGGAGUUGCCUGUACGGGGACUUAAAAUGGGUUUCUGGGAUUUUCUGCUCCAGUAGCCAUAGCUUGAUUCAAUUGAAAUGUGCCCAUAGCUCCAUUGCUGCUCUCCAAGUCACCGUGAAUAGAAGAGAUGCCGUGAACUCAAGUCAAUGGGUUUUUGACAUUUUAACGUCUCUGUGUGCUGAAUGCUGAAGGCCAAGUUCUCUUUGUUUUUUGCUCUUCAUGUGAAUUGGGGUUAUUUAAUCUCAGCUGCUUAUGAGAUGGAACUGCAGGAUGGGGAUAAAUAGCUGCCCUUUUUAAAAAAAUUCUAAUUAACUAUUUUCAUUUCUUUUGCCACUUGAAAUUCUCAAGGAGAAAUUUAGUUAGGGGAACCAAAAUGAUGGAGCCUGAGAUAUGCUCUUCUCGGGUUCUUUCUCCUUUUAGGGAGGAAAGCGGCGAUGAAGAGCUUUCUGUCCUUCCCAGGCACACAAAAGUUAUUGUAACAGGGAACAACAGAACAAAGUCUGUUUUGGUGGGUCUGCAAGGAGUCGUCAAGAAAGCUGUUGGUCUUGGUGGAUGGCACUGGCUGGUUUUGAAAAAUGGGGUUGAAGUGAAGCUGCAAAGGAAUGCUCUGAGCGUUUUGGAACCUCCCACUGGGAAUGAAGAAGAUGAUUUUAAUGACUCCUAUAAUAGCUUUGACAUUGACGGAAAGGACAAUGAGUUCUCCAGUGGAGUUGAAUUCAGCAAACUAAGCAAACCAAGAGUUCAAUAUACAAGGCCAUGGGUUUCGUCUACAUCCGUAAAGUCAGCCAACCAUUGGAACUACAAAGUUCAGUCCACCGUUCAGACAUCUCAACUGGGAGUCAACUUGGCAAGAUUAGGAACCAGCUCACUAUGGAGAUAUUGGCGAAGCUUCAAAUUGGGAAGCCCAAACCCUAAUCUUACCAAAGAACAAGUGGUUCAUGCUGUUCACAAGCAUUUGGCUUCACAGCGAGUCGAUGAGUUCCAAGUGAUUGCAGAAUUUAUCCAUGCAGCCAAGAGACGGAGAUCAGCUGAAAUAUAGAGUGAUUGGACUCAGAUGUUUAGAGUGGUUGUACAAUAUGUAUCAUCCUACUACAUUAACUCCAAUCUUGUACUCCUAAUCCCCUAGAAUCCAUUGCUAAUCAUGUAGUACAAUAGGCUUAUAUAUGACCUUCACUCGAAUGUCAUAUGGUCU